UAGCUUCAUUUAGGCAAAAUGAGCUGGUGGUAGAAGAGCUGUUGUAAACACAAGAAUAUGGCUGACGAGAGGGGCGGAGGAGACAACAGAAACGACAACAUGGGAAACCAGCUACAGCUUCUACCAGAUAACAAUGGCGAGGAGGAAGAAGAUGAUAUGGAGACCGAGGACCGAGACAGUGACGAGGCAGACAAGCCCAGCGCCAUCACCUUUGACCCCAGCCUUCCCACGUCCCAUGCUUACCUGGGCUCAGACAUGGAGGAGUUUCACGGGCGCACAGUCCAUGAUGACGACAGCUGCCAGACCAUCCCUGUGCUUCCACACACGGCUGUGAUGCUGGUCCCUGGCCAGACUCUGCCGCUGCAGCUGUUCAGACCGCAGGAGGUCAGCAUGAUGCGGAGCAUCAUCCAGAGAGACCGCACCUUUGCUGUGCUCGCACACAGUGAAGCAGGUGAACCGGAGCCAGAGUUCGGAACGACGGCUGAAAUCUAUGCGUAUCGCGAGGAGCAGGAGUACGGCAUCGAGACGGUCAAAGUGAAGGCUGUGGGGAGGCAAAGGUUUAAAGUCCACGAAAUAAGAACUCAAGCAGAUGGCAUCCGACAGGCCAAAGUGCAGAUCCUCCCAGAGCGAAUCCUUCCAGACCCCCUCUCCGCCGUGCAGCUCAGCCCCCUGUCCCGGCUCCACAUGCACGCCUCCUCUAAACCCCCGUCUCAAAGCUGCAAGCAGACGCAGUGCUGGUGGAAGUCCUAUCGACAGAGGAAGUUCUACUGUGCCAGCCUGACACCGUGGCCUCCCUGGGUCUACGCCCUCUACGACUCUGAAUCCCUCAUGAGGAGAGUGAAGAAGCAGCUGCAUGAGUGGGAUGAGAACCUGAAGGAUGACUCCCUCCCCUCCAAUGCAAUAGACUUUUCCUACCGGGUCGCCGCCUGUCUGCCGAUAGACGACGCUCUGCGGCUGCAGCUGCUUCAGAUCGGCAGCGCCAUCCAGAGACUUCGCUGUGAGCUGGACAUCAUGGACCGGUGUACGUUGCUGUGCUGUAAGCAGUGUCAGGACACAGAAAUCACCACCAAAAAGGAGAUCUUCAGCUUGUCUCUUUACGGCCCCAUGGCUGCGUAUGUCAACCCGCACGGUUACGUCCACGAAACGCUGACGGUCUACAAAGCCAACAACCUUAACCUGGUUGGCCGGCCAUCUACUUUGCACAGCUGGUUUCCAGGGUACGCCUGGACCAUUGCUCAGUGCCGGACGUGUGGCUCCCACAUGGGCUGGAAGUUCACCGCCACCAAAAAGGACUUGUCUCCUCCCCGAUUCUGGGGUCUGACCCGUUCAGCUAUGCUUCCUCGCAUCCCGCCGGGGGAGGGAGAGGAGGGCAGGGCAGGCUCCCGUCUCUUCUGCCUGUGAUGUCCGACUCCCUCACAGCGCCCCAACGCCGACGUCUGUCCUCCUGUCACUGCAAAUGCUCGAGGACGCUGUAAUCAUUGAUGUGUGCCGCUGUCGCUUUAGUGGAAGGUCGCUGACGAGCGCUCCAGAGAGCAGACUCGACCUUACCGCCACUGCUUUCAGAUGGGAAGAGGGGAUGCUGAGAAAAUGAUUCUUACGAGCUAUAGAAGAACUGAAAGGCUUUGGAGAGACAGAACAUGUUGUUACCAUCCCUGCAUGCUGCUCUCUACCCAUCCUCUGAAUUUUCCUGCUAUGCCGACCUGUACCUGUCGGCUUUCCACGCUAAACGCGAGCAGUUCCGCAUCGGCGUUUGUCCUCCAGAUUCUGACUGCAUGCGUCUAGCACUGAGGUUUUGUCAGGCACCUUAGUCAGUCAACUUGCUGUAUAUUCUGCCAGCUUUUGGAUCUUCUGUGAAUUUGUUGUAGCUGUUAUUAUAGCUGCUGUAAAACGGUCAAAGAAAAGGUGUAGAUUUGUCAAGAUGAGGGGUUAUUUUCACCUGUGGAGGGGAAAAAAAUGUAUUUUUGUAUGGAAAAGGAUUGAGAAUCAACAUGGUGUGUGGAGAAAAUGCUAUUAGUUGGCCAUUUUGGAUGUAAUAUACAGAAAUCAGAAGUGAUGUUGAAGAUAAUGUGUAAUAUUUCUCCCAUAAUCUGUCUGUGUUAUAUUCAUCAGAGGCUCAUUGAUGACUUGCUUCAGGAAUCAAGCAUUAUCUCUGGUUGCACAGGUGAAAAUUCUACAUCUGUAUCAGUGCCUCUUUUCUAAAGGCCAAAGCUAAUGAAGACAGAAAGCAGGAGGAGCAUUUACCCGUUUCCUUUUGAGGUUCUUCAUGACGCGUGGCGUGAUAAGGGAUCCACUGACAGGAACGCAAGAUUAGUAGGGUGAUGAUAAAGUUGAUCAUUUCCAGGUUCCCCUCAGUUCAAGUUUUUUUAGCAUUUUAAUUUUGUUCUUAGAGUUCUGGUGUAAAUUGCUGGCUCCUGGUUCUUUACCUGUAAAUAGAACAGUUGGCAAAUUAUUUUUGGGACUGUUUGCAUCAAAGAGUCGGUACACAGACGUACUGAAAGCAGAGAGAGAUUAUAAUAAAUUAUCAAAUCUUCCUACAUUUCAUACGUUAAUUCUUCAAGUGAAAUCCAUCGUUGCAUUUUCAUAUUCAUGAUUUUGCAGCUAUUAAUUGAUAAAAUUGAACGCAGUGUUUGCUCGUUCAUGUUUAUCCUAAACAAAUAAGAAUAUUUUCCGUUUAUCAUAUUUGUAAUCUUCUUUGCUGGAUGAGAAGUAUCACUAAAUACUAUGAUCAUC